GAAAUAAAGAACAACAUUACAACAAAUGCACACGAAUGUGUUUAUGAUUUUUGAACAAUCAAAAUAAUGGAAACAUCGUAACAGACAUUGAACAGAAAAAAAAAGAAUUAAAUUAAAAAUAAAAAUACUUCUAAAUAUAGCAUGAGAUUAGUGUAGUUUGUGAGUCGCAAGACAUGGGCCAGUCAUCCUCCUACUCCCCAAACAAAACAGACAGGGAUAUUGACCAGCUACAUGUAAAGCUGGCAGCUCACUUUAACAUCAUUAAAAGCCUGGCUACAGUGACUCACCAAGAAGUUGUUGACUGCAUUGAAGAGCUUAAUUCAGUGACUCGAAGUUUUACAGACAGAGCAGGCAAGCAGCUACGUUUUCUGAUCAUCAAGGAUUCAGAUGCAACAUUUCUAUGGAAGGGGACUAUCAGGAUUCGAUGUUUAAAGAUCAACACAUCUACCAAUGUCAUAGAGUCAUCCAGAAUUCUCACCUUGCGCCAGUUUGUCAUGAUCUACAAAGAAAUUAUAGAGCAGGUGAGUGCCUUGAUGCAGCCAAAGCUGGAGGACAGUUCUGUGGACACAGAGCCCUCAACCUCGCAGAAAGAUGAAUUUACAGCAUCAGCAUUUUUCCCCAGCGAAGAACAUGACAAAAAAUGUUUAUCAGAUGAAGAUCCAGGCAACGAAUGCUGUGUGUGUAUGGACAGGAAAGCUUGCGUGAUGCUGUCCUGCUGUCAUGAGUUUUGUGAGAUUUGUAUAGACAGCUGGACCAGGGAUGAGAGACACAGUAAUUGUCCACUGUGUCGGACGCUGGUGUCAGGGUCAGAUGAUACCUGGGUCCUGACAGACAAGACAGACUCAGGGGACUACAUCAGCGAGGUCAAAGGUUACCUGGUGGGCUUGGCAGAUAGAACAAACGAGUCUCAAUCGUGAGGUGGUUACCCCCCUUUGUUAGAAAUCUUUGUGUUAUGACUCUGAAAGUCAGCCAGUGUGAUAUUUUCUCUU